CGCCGCGCCCGCCUCGCUCGGCCAUGGGCGCCGCUGGCUCCUUGGCGCUGGCCGGGCUCAGCCUCCCUGUCCUGCGCCUCCCUGCACAGCCCCGGCCGCGGUGGCUCGGGGUCGCCGCGCUGGGUCUGGCCGCGGUGGCGCUGGGGGCCGUAGCCUGGCGCCGUGGGCGACCCAGGCGGCGCCGGCGGCUGCAGCAGGUGGGCACCGUGGCGCAGCUCUGGAUCUACCCGAUCAAGUCCUGCAAAGGGGUGCCGGUGAGCACGGCGGAGUGCACCGCCAUGGGGCUGCGCAGCGGCCACCUGCGGGACAGGUUUUGGCUUGUGAUCAACCAGGAGGGAAACAUGGUUACUGCUCGCCAGGAACCUCGCCUUGUCCUGAUUUCCGUGACGUGUGAUGGUGACGCCCUGACUCUCAGCGCAGCCUACACGAAGGACCUGCUGCUGCCCAUCAAAGCGCCCACCACAAAUACAGUGCACAAAUGCAGGGUGCAUGGCCUGGAGAUCGAGGGCAGGGACUGUGGCGAGGCCGCCGCCCAGUGGAUAACGAGCUUCCUGAAAACGAAGCCCUACCGCCUGGUGCACUUCGAGCCUCACAUGCGACCGAGAAAUCCUCACCAAAUCAAGGACGUGUUCCCGGCCAAAGGGCGGAUUGCUUACCCAGAUGCCAGCCCAUUCUUGAUUCUAUCUGAGGCAUCCUUGGCGGAUCUCAACACCAAGCUGGAAAAGAAAGUUAAAGCAACUACCUUCAGGCCCAAUAUUGUACUUUCAGAGUGUGGAGUCUAUGCGGAGGAUUCUUGGGAUGAGAUUCUUAUUGGUGAUGCGGAACUGAAAAGGGUGAUGGCUUGUUCCAGGUGCAUGUUAACCACGGUGGACCCGGACACUGGCAUCAUGAGCAGGAAGGAGCCGCUGGAAACGCUGAAGAGGUGGUCAUAAAUCGAGGAGUGAAAGGCCUGGCCAUAUCACAUAAAUCACGGGAAGGGAAGCAAAUGGUGGUGUCAACAACAGCCUCUCUGCUGUUGGGUGAGGCUCAGAGCCACACUGCUUCUGUCUCUGUGCGCUCGUGGUGCCCAAGCUGGUGCUGCAAGUGCUCGGCAGGAGGCCUCUGCCCACCCAGCCCUACCUACUGUGUCAGUAGCCCCCAGGCACAACCUGGGCUGGCAAAGCGGGGCGAGGAAAAGAAAUGCAGCUACAGGACAGAGGCACAGGGGAGCCUGUGUCUGCAGAACACUCACAGUGGUUGGCACAGUGGAGGCCUGUGUGCUAAGAGGAAAAUAUGAAGAUGCAAUUACUGUUUUCUUUCUUAAGGGAAGGUGAGUACACACACUGAACCCAUGGCCUGAGGGGUGGCUGGAGUCAGUCAUUGUUGCCUCCACAACAUCUUGCCCCUAGUAGAAAGAAGACAGCACAAUUACUCACGGAUACUCAGAAGCAGGUUGCAGGAUGCAAGGACACUGCGACAGGAACGGCGUUUGCCACCAGCCACUUGUGUUAGGCUGUGCUGUGGGAGGUAAAGGCAGAAAGGAUAUAGCAGCGGUGACUCUGUGGGAGAGUCAGAGAGGCAGAGGGAGACAGACCUUCUGCCCUAGUCUGGCUCCGACAUUGGGAAGUCACUUAGGUUCUUGCUGUCUCAGUUUCUUUGUUUGUAUAAAGAACUUAUAAUACCUCUUCCGGUAGACUAGAAUAAGGCAAUAAAAAUAUUCUUAUAGACGAUAAAAUACUGCACUCAAUGACCAUGUAAGCCAGGGUUAUUGAUGGUCUCGGUUUGUAAACUUGCCGCAUUCUGAGGGAGGUGCCUGAGGAUGCUCUCCGUUCUGUGAAGCUGUUUUAAGUGAAACCCAACCCAAGCCCGUGCAGCGGCCGCGUCUGGGGAGCUUUCGCAAUGCUCUUGCAUUUGUGACCUGGCCAUCGAGAGAGUAGGCUGCGAGGUCUCCGGAGUGGCCUGUGCCCUGGGCCACUUGUCUCCCCACGAGCUCCAGCACUGCAGCCUGAGCAGUGACUACACUGGCCAGUAACUGAGUAAACCAGGCAGUGUAAACAAUGAGCAGCGCGCUGUGGUGCCCAGCGCUUUGCAAAGCGUCUCCUUUCACACCGCACCCUGUAGGUGUGCAGACCUCUGUUUAAGCCAAAUAAAGUAUCUUGGGCCUCCUGCUCGUUAGAGUAGUAGUACGUUUUGUGUUCAUUAAAAGAGAAAAUGCACUAAGAAAGGAGAUUUUAAAUGAUUUUGUGAUUUAUUAAUCCCUACUGGAAUAUAUAUAGGAAAAAAUCCUGGAAGACCCAUGUACGAGGCAACACUGUGAUUUCAGUCUGUUGAGCGACGCUUGUGUGCAUGGAUUCAUAGACCGCUUGCAAUGCCUCCUCGGCACCGCUAGGCGUCGCCGACGACCGCGUUUCGUCCUCCCGCAGCCCGGCGGGGCGGGGCGCGGCGGCCAGAGGUGCCGCAGGAGGUGGGGAGCCCUGGCCUGCUGGGCCGGCUGGGAACCACUUCUCCACCCCCAUAGCGCGUCCCAUCUCUGUUCUUAGACAGCGGAGUGGACGGCCACCUGUGAGCCAGGUGACCACACCUACACUUUUACAAACCGCCCCCUCGCCCCACCCCGUGCCCUUUGAGCGGCGGCUCCUCCCGGCUCCCCACUCCUCAGCGACCUGGUGAGGGCGUGUGUGUUUGGUGGGGAGGGUCAGGUAACACCCGUGAGUGGCUGAACCUUCGUGGAGGUGAGUAAGUUAUUUAGACCCCUUAAUUCCCCUCAGGCCUGUGGGUGUGCUUGGGAGAUAGCUAGAUGGCCAGGGAUUGCAUCCUCACUAGGAGUGGGCCAGACCUGCGCCCUGGCCCCAGAGGGACCACCUAGAUCUGUGACCUUGGGCAAGUUACUUACUCCUCCGAGACUCACUUGUAAAAUGAAGAUACACAUUCCCACAGAGGCAGAUUAUAAGGUCUAAAAGAGAUCAUAUGUGUGAAGGUCUUUAUAAACUGUCCGUGUGUGGUGUACAGAACUCCAUUCUCAAUUUCUCCCUGAGAUAAUCAGAGCCCGGGACCCUAGACCACAGAGCUCAGCCACAACAAGAAAUCCCAAGUGACAGAAAUGACUGCGCUGGCCCUCAUCCUGAAGAGGCCACCCCUGGACGGACACAGGUCCCAGAAUGUCCUGGGAGGCAUGCUGACAGAGGAGAGGUGGGCUAGGAGAGAUGCCUGGGUUCGUUGGGCCCAAGGUCAUUGCAGAAACCUGAUUACAGAGAGAGGGAACAACACUCUUGGUAAGGCAGGGCAGCCUGGAUCAGCAGCUUACAUUUUUCAUUCAUCCUCUUAUUCAUUCAUUUGUUCGACCAACAUUUUCUAGAGUGGUUACAUUAUACCAGGCACUGUACCAGGCCAUGGGGAUACAGCAGAGAACAGAAUGGACAUGGCGCUGCCACGGUGGUGUUUAAAGUCUGAGCGAGGGGCCGAGGGUCUCCAGAAGGAGGUUCUAGAUUUGACUCUCUCCAUUUUCUCAUUAGCCAUUUCUGAUUUGAAGGACAAAAUUAGAACCAAGUUGUUACAAUAGAUUUUUUAAAGCAAGACAGAAUGAAAUUAAUGUUUUCUAUAAAAAUAUUUUAAAUAUAAAAGUGAUGUAAAAUUGGGGUUAGCCUAAACAAAAAAUGGAAAGAAAUCUUUCUCCCAGUGGAGGGCCGAGUGGGGCAAUCUUGCCAUGUUUUCCCCACACAUCUGCUCAUGUGCCUUCUUCCUGAAGCUUCUUGAGUUUUCUGCCUGACAAAGAUAUUUGUACUUCUCUGUUACACAUUACAUCACAUUUUACCCCCCAGCACCUUUAUCUGUUCAGCAAUUAUGGGUCAUGGGUGACAUCGAGGCCUAGUGUUGGGUGUGAGCAGUACAAGGGCGUUGGACACAGUUCCUGUUCUCCAGGGACUUUGUCUUGUAGAACAGAUGGACUUGUGCCUGACAUUACAGAAAAAGACAUGUGAGUGUUGGGGGUGCAAAGAGAAUUGAGGAGGGGAAAUUACUCCUGGCUGGGGGGUCCUGGGUUUCAUUCCUAGGAGCUGGGCUUUGAGGCAGGUAGAAUUCUAAUGCAUGGGACCUGGUGGAGGGGCAUCCUGCAGGAAUCAUGGAGGACUCACAGAGCCAGUAGAAUGCAAAGCAAGGUGGAAUCCAGCAAGUGCUGCACAUAAGGAGCAGACGGCAACAGGUUUAAAAAUGCCAGUUGAGGUCAGGUGGAGAGCCCUUCAUACCAGGCUGAAGAGCUGGAAUGUUAUUCUUUAGGAACUAGGGAGCCAUGGAAGGUUUCUGAGCCUAGGACUGAUAGGCCCAAAGCACAAUUAACACAGUAAUAUAGUGUAGUGUCAACAGUGAGUUGAAAGGGGAGUGGAGAGUGAGGAAGAGAAGCAGGUUAAGAAGUUAUUACAAUAGUCUGCUCAUGCUGGAAGCAAGGUUGCGAUGGUGGGAACGAGGAAAAGCAAGCAGAGUCAAAUGAUGCUGUGCAGGAAGAACUUCAGGACUGAGAAACUGGACAAACUAUGGAAAGUAAGGACAAUCAUAUAAAGGACGACUCUGGGUUCAAGUGACAGACGUGGAAGAGUCAGGAAGAAAGAUUCUUCGGGAAAAGGGAGAUGAUAAAGUAUGUCUAGGCAUACUGAGUACCUAAUCUCUCAGUGCGGAAAAAGGGAACAUUAACAUAGAGAAAGGAUGUGGGAAUAUGGCCUCUGGUUACUCCUGAAGUUGUGCACUGGGCAGGCUGCCCAGCCCCAGGAGGCACUGUUCUGCUAGACUUUGGUGGGAAAGGUGCCCCCUGGAGCUGUGCAGCAUGGCAGUCCUGGGUGGUAUGGGUACUUACCUGGGCGGAGAAGAAGCCAUGUGCUAGCUGAGCUCCUGCUUCUGUUGGGCUGUACUCAUCAUGGUCUUUCUCCUAUUGCAGUUAUCGCCAGUGUGACCCUUCCGAACAAAAGUUGUAUGGAAAAUCACCUCUCUUUGGACAGUAUUUUGU